AAAGCAAAAGGUAACAAUUAAGAGAAAGAGAAAAAGAGAGUAAAUCAAUUGCAACAAUUAAGUUAAUUUUUUUUUUUCGUUCAAUUUUUAAACAAAAAUGAAAAUGAUUAAAGUUUCUAAUUUAUUUGGUUCUUUUCGGUGUAAAGGAAGGAACAUUUUUCUUCAGCCAACAUCAUCUGUUUACCCUCAAGUGAUUCUUAAAAAUAAUAGUUCAACAAUCACCUUCAAACAUUUUACAAUAACAAGUAACAACAACAACGUUUGUUAUCGUAAUUUACAUCAACAAUCAUCAACUGUUUCUUUUUCUAGUGAUAAUAAUAUUAUUGGUACAAUGGGUUUAUUACAAUCAAAGAAUCAACAACAAUCAAGGUUAAAUGGAUGCGCAUGUAUUUGUAAUACUGUUGAUCAUUAUAAAAUCUGUGUAACUCAACCAGUUUCAUCAUCAUUAUCAACAUCAUCACCCUCUUCAUCACAACUAAAUCAUAAUCAUCAUCAUCACCAUCAACAAUUACCACAAUCAACACCAUAUCGAACAACUGUAUUCUCAGGUAAUCCCUACUAUUCAAAGGUUAAUUCUUGUAAUAACAAUAAUAACAACAACUCACAAGUGAACGGUAAACGUUGGUUCUCACUUGAUUCAACCAAAAUGUCAUCUAAACAAUUAACUGGAUCUGAUCUUAUUAAGGAUAAUCGUCAGAACAAGGAUUUGUCAUUCACAAUGAGAGAACGAGAUCAGUUGAAAAUUCGUGGUCUUCUACCUGCCGCUAUAAGAGGCCAAAAAUUAGAAGCCGAAGCUGCUAUGGCUUAUUUAGAUUCAUUGGAAAGUAAUUUAACCAAGUACAUGUACCUUCGAGAAUUACAAGAUCGAAAUGAAAGAUUAUUCUAUCGUAUUCUUUGUGAACACACCGAACAUUUGAUGCCUCUAGUUUACACUCCAGUUGUUGGCGAAGCUUGUAUCAAUUAUAGUCGCAUUUUUCACCGAUCACGAGGAAUGUACAUCACUGUCCACGAUUCUGGUCAAAUAUCGAAUAUACUUGCCAAUUGGCCUGAAAAGGAUGUCAAGGCAAUUGUAGUUACCGAUGGUGAAAGGAUUCUAGGCCUUGGUGAUCUUGGUGCUAAUGGAAUGGGUAUUCCUGUCGGUAAAUUAGCGCUUUACACUGCACUUGCUGGUAUCCCGCCCAAUUUAACACUUCCCAUCACUCUAGACACUGGUACUGAUAAUCAAGAAUUGUUGAAUGAUCCAUUUUAUAUUGGACUGAAACAACGAAGAGUCCGUGGCCCUCAGUAUGAUGAUCUUAUUGAUGAAUUUAUGGAAGCUGUAAUCAAACGUUGGGGACGUGCAUGUCUAAUUCAAUUUGAAGAUUUUGGUAAUCGAAAUGCUUUUCGAUUAUUGGAAAAAUAUCGAGAUAAUUAUUGUACUUUCAACGAUGAUAUUCAAGGAACCGCAUCCGUUUGUGUUGCUGGUAUACUGGCCAGUUGUCGACUUACUGGAAUGAGAAUAAGUCAACAAAAGUUUCUUUUCUUUGGUGCUGGUGAAGCAGCCCUUGGAAUCGCUAACCUUUUGGUAAUGGCCAUGGAAAAGGAGGGUGUCCCUACCGAGGAAGCUCGUGAUCGUAUCUGGUUGAUGGACUCUCGAGGUCUUGUAAUUGCUGAUCGUGAGGGUGGACUUGACGAAGAAAAAAUUAAGUUUGCUAAAAAAACAGGACCAAUGAAAAAUUUAGAAGCAAUUGUUGAUCUUGUUCAGCCAUCAGCUUUAAUUGGUGUUGCCGCUCAGCCAAAAGCUUUUAAUGAUAUAUUAAAAAAAAUGGGUACCAUGAAUGAGCGACCAUUAAUAUUUCCCCUCAGCAAUCCAACCAGUAAAGCCGAAUGUACCGCUGAUGAAGCUUAUCAAGCCACUGAGGGACGAUGUGUAUUCGCCUCUGGAAGUCCAUUUGAUCCGGUUACCAUUAAUGGAACCACUUUCCACCCUGGUCAGGGAAACAAUGCUUACAUCUUCCCCGGGAUAUCACUUGCAGCCAUCGCCUGUGGUGUUCACACCAUUCCCGAUGAAUCAUUUCUUAUAGCCUCUAAAGCUUUAGCAGAUCAAGUGACUGAUGAUGAUUUAGCCGAAGGUCGAGUCUACCCUCCCUUGUCAGAUAUUCGAGAAGUGUCUCUAAAAAUUGCUGCCAAAGUGUCACAAUAUUUUUACGUCGAAUCGUUGGCAACAGUUCGACCUGAACCAACUGACAAACUGCUUUUCAUGAAAACUCUCCAAUACGAUUACAAUUACGUUUAAAAUUGAAAACAGUUUGAUUAUUAGUACAAUUGAUUAUAAAGAUAAUCAAUUUUUUUCCAAUUCUUAAUUAGAUCUGGACCUUAUUAGACGAAACUCAGUUUAUCUUAUAACAAUUAACUUAGAUUUGUGCAAUUAAUUUCCUUGUUUUCUCUUCUAAUUAGUUUACAAUUCAAUAUAAUUAUGAUGACAAUGAUUUUUUUCGUUAUAAUUAACUAAUUGUGAUCCUUGUGAUAUCUUUCUCACUCUGCACUUAAUACAAACAAAUAGACUUAUAAAUUAACAUCCACACUUAAUUAUGAUGAUAAUUAUCAUCAACUCACACAAGCAUUUAUCCACAUUGUUUUGUGGAAAAUUAAAUAAUUUUAAUUAUUUAACCAAUUAAUCAAGAAUUUUUGAUCCAAAUUGCAAAAAAAAACUAAUUAUGAUCAAAAAUUAUAUUUUAAAGUUAAAACAAUUAACCAAAGCUUUUGAUGACAUCUAAUCAACAACAACAACCAAAUGAUGUACUUAAUCAUCUAAAUAGUUAAAUCAAUUAUCAAGAUGAAUUUAAAAUGAUUACAAUUAUAUAAAAUUAUUGAACCAAAUAUUGUUAAAGUUAAUCAUAACUAAAUCAAAUCUAAUCACAAAUUUAAAAAGCCUUUCUCAUCAUUGUACUUCAAUACCUUUAAUCCUUGUUCUGUUUGUUUUUAAUUGUUAUACAAUGACUUUAAUUGUUACCCUUUAUUAUUACCAUGUUAAAACCUUUAGAAUCUCCCCAAUUAAAAAAAAUUUAAUUAUAA